AAUGAUUAAAUUUUCCUUCCGAAUGAAAACACCCAAUCAUGUAAUCGAAGAGGUUUAAGAUGAAGAUUGCGUAACAUUAAACUCAUAUGUUGACAAUGUGGUCCAGUGCAGUGUCGUUGGCUUCGACGAAACAAACAACCUUAAUAUUUUGUAAAUCUCAAAAUGUAUUUGCUGUUUUGACUUGUUCAUCUUCAGCGUGUUCAGCCAGAAUUAAAAUGCCAUUGUCUCUACGUUAUCGGGUGAAAAAGGAAUCGAACAAGCCCAGAUUAGCAGGGUUUUGUUUCGUGACGCUUGUUUGGAUCUUCAUCUUUUUUAGUCACCUUCCAGCCACAGCUGCAUCCAGCUCCAGCCCCGAUGCUCCGGGUGAAAGCUCACCUUCGGUUCCGCUUGACGAGCCAAGAAUUCACGGAGAUGGAGUUGUUAACGUGAUCAUAAUCGGAGCAACAGGGGAUCUUUCGAGGAGAUAUUUGUGGCAGGGAUUUUUCAAUCUGGUUAAUGAAGAGAAAGACCAGAAAUUCCACUUUUACGCUGGAUCACGGAUUGGAACAGAUGAAGGGGAACGGGAGAUGAAACGUAUCUUAGAACAGAAUGUAUCAUGUAGCAGAGUCCCUGCCUCGGUUGCCAUGACAGCAGAAGAAUGUGAGAGAGCGAGAGCGGUCUACAGAGAUUCUGUCACUUAUCAUAUGCUGAAAAAGACUGAUGACUAUGAGAAGCUAUGCAACAAUAUCCAUCGCAAGAUGCAAUCUGUGAGACUAGAGGAGGUCGGUAGGAUGUUCUACUUUGCUGUCCCUGCGUUUGCCUAUGCUGGAAUAGCAGAAAACAUUAAUAAAGUGUGCCGUCCAACAGGCAAGGCCUGGCUUAGAGCCGUCUUGGAGAAACCAUUUGGCCAUGACACAGCGUCGGCUAAAAAACUGUCUAGCGCCCUCAAGGAACAUUUAGCAGAGAAUGAAAUCUACAGGAUAGAUCAUUAUCUUGGAAAGACAGGUGUGCAGAGUAUCCUACCAUUCAGAUCUCUCAACCAGAAAACAUUUGGAGAAAUAUGGAACAGUGAAAACGUUGAGAGGGUGGAAAUAGUGAUGAAGGAAUCACUUGAUUCUAAAGGACGUAUUUACUUCUACGACAAAUACGGUGUAAUGAGAGAUGUGAUGCAAAAUCACCUGACCGAGAUCAUGGCCUUGGUUGCCAUGGAAAUUCCAACUAAUCUCAGCAGUAUCCAUGACUACCAGCGAGAGAAGCUUGCCCUACUCAGCCAGGUCGAUCAUAUGACCACGGACCAAGCCGUGAUUGGUCAGUAUGAGAGCUAUGCUGAUGAGUGGAGGGAAGAGACAGAGAACGGAGAGGAUGAGACGUCAACCGUGCCAACAUUCGCGGGCGUUCUGUUCUUUAUUUCGAGUCCACGUUGGAAAGGUGUCCCUUUCCUAAUGCUGUCUGGUAAAAAGUUGGAUAAGAAAGAAACUUAUCUUAGAAUUGUUUUCAAAAGCUCUCACUUCUGCACCAUCACGCCUGAUUACACUGAAGGGGACCACGCAUGCAGGCCGAAGCAAAUCAUAUUCUUCAUUGGGUCUAGAGGUCUUCCAACGGUUGCUGUCAGCAGGUCGCUACCAAAACCACAAGUCCCCAAUUCCUGGAGAGUUCUGGAACUUGAUCCAGGAGCGGACAUCCUUGGGUUGCCAGCUAAAGAUUUCAAUGCUUAUUCGGCUGGGGCAGAGUCCGAUGCUUACUCUGUGCUUAUCAAGGAAUGUUACUAUGGAAACAGGGAUAAAUUCAUUGGAUCAUCAGAGCUUGUGGCUUCCUGGGAUAUAUGGACUCCAUUGCUUGCAGUGUUGGAAGAUAUCCCUCCCCGACGCUACCCUGGUGGUAGAGACUCUGGCCGAUGGCUCGACAUGGAGAUCAAGGGACGAAAGCUCAGGUUUAGCCAUGAUGUUGAUGGGACGUGGAACGUUGAGGACUCCAACCGAUACGGAAUGCCUUCCACUUCAGGGAUUUCCAAGACUUUCCGAUCUGGCGCCCUCCACACAGGAAGCAAAGAGGAAACAGUGUCUUUGUUAGCGAAACAUCUGCUAAUAGCGGCUCGUUCUGCUAUCGCCACUCGCGGGGCCUUUCACGUCGCCUUCCCCGGUGGGAGUACUCCAGAGUCGCUCUUCCUGCAUCUCUUCCUACGCAUGAGGCAUAGGUUCCCAUGGCGCGAGACACACGUCUGGUUCACGGACGAACGAUGCGUCCCGCUCACAUCUGAGCAUUCCAAUUUUAAUCAGAUCUACUCCAAACUUCUUCAGUACAUUCCUAUUCCGUACACCAGUCUUCAUCCCAUGCCUGUUCAGCUCACAAAUGGCUUAUGCAGCACAGAGGAUGGCGGACCUGACCUGUACGCGUCUGAAAUAAAGCGACUUGUUCCCGACCAGCGAUUCGAUUUCGUCGUGUUGGGGGUCGGCGAGGACGGCCAUGUCGCUUCCCUUUUCCCUUACAACGAUGCCAUGUUUGGUAAAACAAAUAAUGUACUGCUUUCAGAAGGUGCCGUGCAGUCGAGCAUACCCCGAAGAAUGACGCUUGGCUUUUCCGCAAUCAACAAUUCCAGGAAUAUAGGUGUCCUGAUCAUUGGUGAUAGAAAACACAAAAUAGUCGAUAGAUUAAAACAAACUCAUUUCACAGAUGCUAGUGAAUUACCAGUGCUUGCGGUCAUCCCUAAUAAUGGGACCCUUUCUUGGUUCAUAGAUCAUGAUGCAUUGCUUUAACGACAACUUCUUGUAAUUAGUUGAUAAUCGUUUUUCUUGUUUGCUCUGUUCUUCAUAAGAGCAUUUAGGUAACUCCGUCCCUCUUUCUCUUUCUCCUCGUGUUUUUCCUAUUAUUUUUUUGUGGCUCUCAAAGUAAUAUUUCUACUUUAUUUUUUGGUUCCCUCUUACUUGAUUAUUGUGCAUAGUUACCAGGGAAAAAAAUAUGCGGGGGCUCCGGCGAGUUCUCACCCUAAAUGGUCAAAACACUUAAAGGGAAAGUUCACCCUAAAGAAAACUUUGUUGUAAAAAUAGCAGAAAAAAUAGUA